AGAAGAAAAAUGUUGUACAUUUUAAAGUUAAAUCCAUCAAUCUGGUGAACUUUGAUAGCAAAUUAGGAGGCUAGAUCUAUGAAAAACUUUAUGCUCUUGUCAACAAUUGUGUGCUGUACCCUUACAACAUAUACCUGUGUUGUAUGAACACUGACCCCCUCCCACAUACAAGUGCAAAAAUGGGGAAAAAUAGCAUCUUUUCAAAAGUGCGCUGCUGGGUGACAGACUGAGAUCUGCUCUGCAAAACACAAAUAGGCUGAGUGUUUAGUCGCUUCUUUGCAUUGACUUUGUAUGAUCAUGUGUCUGUAAUUGUUCUUUUUCUUCUGAUGUGAAUAUAUGUCUCCUAUUGGUCAACUGCUCCAGCAGAAAUCCGUUCAAUAGUUUUUUUUUUUGCAAUAUUGUACUGACAAACAAGCAAACAAACAAACCAAAAAAUGUCAUCAAUUUUUCCUCACUUUCUUUUUGUUGUUGUCAUUUUCAACUAUUUCCCAGGGAAUAACUCAUGGACCUUGAUGAAAAUAAAUCAGGCAUAAUUUGGGAAACUGAUAAAUAUGAACGUGUGCAGUUUGGUUCGGCUUGAUUGGCAGACUGUUGGCCCUUAUGCCCUCCACUCAGCUCUGGCGUAGGACUCACUGAUGACCUGUGAAGGCUUAGGGACUCGAUGUUUUAUUCAUUGUGAGAAGCGGGGGACUCGUGGGCUGCGACGCAUGGACCGACGAUGGCUGAACCAACCGAGGCUAUUUCAGUCUUCCCGUAGCGAGCGUCCUUACCGCGGCUGCUCCGACCUGCAGCUGUUUGCUUUUUUUUUUCGGCUCGCGGGUGAUCCGACCGAUGCACCGCCUCCACUUGACUGAACGCGUGCCCCCCCCGCCCCUUAACGCUCCCCACGUAAUGUGCCGGCGCAGUCGGUAGCGGCAACCGGAGCGCAGCCGCCCGCCGUGUCCUCUGACCUGGAUCGAGCGCAGCGGCGUCUGGCUCGCGCGCGGCUGUGGAGAGGACGCACCACCGCAGCCCUGGGUGGAGAGAUGGAGUCGGGACCGGGAGGCCGUGGCUGCCCGUCACCGCUGCCCCUGCCGCCGCCGCCAAGCUGCAGGAAGAGUGCCGGCCUCCUGUGAUCGGACCCUCCUCUGCUGCACCUGGACUCUUGGCCACCCGAACCCCAAAUCACCAGCCUCUCUAAGGAUCGCAUGGACCCGCAGGGCGCAGGGUAGGGGGCGGCAGGGGCCUCCGGCAGAGACCAGGGCUUCACAACUCAAGUUUCACUUCACUAAGGCUCAUGGAUUUGAAGAGAGUGUUGUCCUUCCCACCAUACCCUGGGGAUUACCUGCAUCCAGUGGUGUAUGCCUGCACUGCAGUCAUGCUGCUCUGUCUGCUUGUCUCCAUUAUGACCUAUAUUGUCAACCACAGUGUGAUCCGCAUCAGCAGGAAUGGCUGGCACAUACUCCUCAACUUCCUCUUUCACACGGGCCUAACAUUUGGAGUUUUUGCGGGGGGCAUCAAUCAGAUCAACCUGCCGUUUGUGUGUCAGAUUGUUGGCAUUGUGCUCCACUAUGCUUCUUUGUCCACCAUGCUGUGGCUGACAUUCACUGCUAGGAAUAUCUGUAAAGAUGUGUGCAAAGACCCACUUCGGGCCCAGGACAGGAAUGGGCCAGGCCAGACUCACAGCAAACCAACCGUCCUGAGAUUUUAUCUUGUGAGUGAUGGAAUCCCUCUCAUAAUUGUUGGAGUUACAGCAGCAUUUGGUAUGGAUAACUAUGGCAGCAGGGAUGACGCUUUGUACUGCUGGAUGGCAUGGGAACCAAGCCUGGGGGGUUUCUAUGGCCCUAUGGCUCUUCUGAUCUUAGUCAUGUCUGUGUACUUCUUGUGCACCUACAUCCAGCUCAAACGCCACCCACAGAGGAAGUAUGAGCUAAGAGUUCUGAGUGAGGAGCAGCAGCAGUUAUCAUCCAGUGAGUCAAACCAUCACUGCCACACAGACACUGGUGGAGCUUGUGGACCUGCUGUGGACAGUCCACAGUUUGCUACAGGUGUUUCAGUGCUGGCCAAUGAGCACUCAUUUAAAUCUCAGCUCAGGGCCACAGCCUUCACCCUUUUUCUGUUCCUGGCAACCUGGGCUCUAGGGGGGUUGGCAGUAUCUUUGGGACAUUUCCUGGAUAUGAUAUUCAGCUGCCUGUAUGGGGCUUUUUGCGUCACUCUGGGGCUCUUCCUUCUCAUCCAGCACUGUGCAAAACGUGAUGACGUGUGGCACCGCUGGUGGGCUUGUUGCCCUUCCAAAUCCAAGACACAGGAUGGGAAUCGUGGAGCACAGAUCCAGAGGCAGGGGCUACAUCAGCCCCACUGCCACCUUACCUCCCCAUACUCAGACAAGCAGCUCUCGCCUCACCUUGUGCAGAGUUCCUACCACAAAAUUACUUCGCCCGCACAGAGCCCUACACCCAACCAUACGGGUCCAUGCUGUGUGGCUGUGAUGAGUCCUGUCACAACAGCCCCACUAUCACCUCUCACUGAACCAAUGCCCUCACAACGUCCACAUUCACUCAUUGACGAACUGCCUCGUCCCGUUCCACCCCUACAGAGCUGCCUUAUUGACAGAACAAAGUCAUCCUCUUUCAACCGCCCACGCCCAUGCCUCCGGGACUACCGUUCUCACAUGACUUCCACCAGUAUGGAUGGGAGUGUGCACAGCUCCCACCUGGACAGCCCUGCACACCACCUUGAAGGCUCACCACUGGUUUCCAACAGCCCACACCCAGACAUCCAGCUUCCCUGCCCCAGCCCCCAUUUGGAUAAACAGCUGGUUUCCAGCCACAGCUUGCAACGCCAGACCUCCUGCCACAGUGCACAAGACUCAAUGACUUCCUGCCACAGCCAUGCACACAACAUGCAUGAUGCCUUGAGUUCCUGUCACAGUCUCCUCUUGCCUUCUCAUGGGGUCCACACCUGCCAGUGGCACAUGUACAGCUCAGCAGAUCAUUCCUCCAACACAAGCUGCUGUGAGAAACCUGAUCCCUACACGUUGCAGUAUCACCAAGACCCUGAAGCCUACAGCUGCAUGCCAAAGACAGGAGACAAAGAAAAGGAUAGACUCUGUGUUGAGGUGGAGCAGAAAGGUAACCCAAGAAGUACUCUGCCUCGGCAGCAUGCCACUGUCAGCCUACGAGGCACCAUCGCCCGUAACAGGAGCCUGCAGGAAGACAGCCUGUUUGGUUCAGAUGCCACAAGAAGCAUACGAACUGGCCCUUGGAAGAAUGAAACCACUGUAUAGUUUUCUUAUCCUUGUGCUUGCCAGACCCCUCAUCAGCCCUCUAGUCAAACUUCUCCUUCAGUGUGAAUGAAGUGGGUCUCACUGCCUUCAGCUUUGCCCUUAAACUACAGGUUGGGCUUUCAAUGGGGGCUCGUAUGCUGAUGUUAUUUCAGAAGCCUCUAUGACAAACUUAUCUAUGUGUGUUAAAAAUCAGUUUACAAGGAAUAUAUUUAAAAAUUAGAAGUUAACAUUGAAUAUGUUUUAUGCUCCAUGCAGUUUAAAGUUGCAACCAUUUUAGGGGAAAAGUAACUCACAAGUUAACAAUGUCUCAGCAGGAAAAGGUCCUGGGUUCGAACGCCAUAAGUACCAGCCUGGUCAUAUGGGUGUGGAGUUUGUAUGUUCUCUGUGUUUGCAUCAGUUGCGCCACAUUCCUCCUACAGUCAAAGGACCAGAAGGACAUAUGCAAGGAAAACUCCGGCUUUGAGGCUUUCACGGGUUGCAAACUUUGGAAGUAACUAGGAAAUUAUGUGAACCUCUUAAAACCUCUACUCCUUCCACUGCCCUUGUGACUUUACACUAAUAUUAUAUAAAGUUCUUAAAUAUCCAUACGCCCUACAGCAAGCAAGUGGGAGAAUAGGAAGCCCGAAAAAUCCUUCAAAUGCUUCAUGCAUACUCAUGAGGGUUUGGGGGUAGAGGUCUUCGCAAGUUUGGACCCAAUCCAAAACUGACCAGUGGGGAAAAAGGGACCCUACCAAAAAGUGAUCCAAGGACAGUGAGUGCACAUCCAAAUGUCCAAAUGGACCUAACGAUAAUUAGACCUGAUUAUGAAAACAGUCAGUAUUAUGCAAGGAAUUAUCACUGAUUGCACCUUUGAAUACUUGUUUCAAAGGUGCAAUCAGUGAUAAUUCUUUUCCUUAUUGUUAUUAUGUUACAGUGUCGGGUGUCCAUAUUAAAUGUCACCAGUAUAUCAAUCAGUCAGGUAAAGUUAUGUAAAAGUAAUCCCUGUGAGACAAAAGCUGAGGUGCUUGACUGCACAGAAUGCUUGGUUCCAACAGAAGACGUCACCGAUUUGUUUAUACGGUCAUCUGCCCCAAGCACAGUUCGUUCUUCCUAUGUUAAGCGGAUAAAAUGUUUGGAAUAUCAGAGGGAACAGAUUGGGGUCUACAUUGAACUAGAAGAGGUAUGUGCUGUAAUCCAAAGGUGCUUUGGGGCUGUAGAAGUAUUUCACUGAGAUGCAAAAUGUAAAGCUCAUUACCAAGGUGUGUUUUCAUCUGUGAGUAUGUAAGGGAGUCAGCUGCAACAUCUCUUGAUGCAUGGCAUUGUGCCACUAACUUGUCAACAUGUUUUUGUCAUCUGCUUCAGUAGAUGUCAGUCACUGACUUUGAAUAAUCUUUGUGUAUAAGAUAACCAGAUAGGUAAAGCACCCCCCUUUGGACCGAAUAACUGUUGUGUGUCUAAACAGGCCAAAGCAAAUUUGUUGUAUUCAUUUGGAGGAUACAAUCGAAGUUUGGUCAUUUCCAGCAGUACAAACAGUCAAAGGCAGAUUGUAGAAAUUAAAAUGCCUGUAAAUCAGUCAUCAGGAAUCGUUCAAACAAACCAUUUGGACUGCAUUGAAUAUGCAUGCACGUUUUAUCCCAUCAGGUUAACAGGUUUUUCAAAAUCAGGAACAAAAAUUUUAUUUCUGAACCUACAACAUUUACACAAGAUCUUUUGGACAUUGAGAUGAUUGCCAUGUAUGCUAUCAUGGGCAGCCGAUGCACAGGGAGGGCUGGUGUGCCUGCCUCCUGAGAACUGCACUAAUCACAGCAAAUUGAUCAACGCUAUGCUGAAUGCCUACUGUAAUGACUAUAAGGAUGGAAAAAAACUAUAUGGAUCAAUUUGCAUUUGUAAGACAUGCAAAGACAGGCUAGGUUAAAAUAGCCCCCCUUUCAAAAAGUAAAAAAAUUAUCUAUAUAUAUAUCAAACAUUUCUAUGCAUUGUGUUGCAGAUGUAUCUACUUAAUUAGCAUGCAAACCCAGGUCUUCCAAUAUCACUUUGUUCCUCAAGUGAUGAUCGCUAGUCAUUGACUCGUCCAGUCUCCCCUCAGUCCAACAUGAGAAGAUGAAGAAGUUGUUUCUGUGUGGGUUAAAAACCUUGGCUGCAGCCGCCUUCUCUCUGUUACAUUCCUUCAUGCUUUCCUCAACCUCAGAUCCUCAUUCUGCUGUUAUAGCUGGUAUCCCUCACAUUACUCCGCGUCUCGUGGCCUAUCCUCGCCUCUUGCACCACGGCUUCCCUUUCUCUCUGACAGGGCAGAUGAAGUGUAAAAUUGUCAGUCUGUCUAACAAUAACCAAAGAAAACAACCACCCAGUUCUUUAAUGAGAUUGCAAGUCAAGACUGUGUGGAAAACAUUACACCUUGGAUUGAAACUUGGGCGUGAUUAGCCAGCCCCAGUCCCUUAACAUGGUACACAGAGACGUCCCAUAAAAAUGUGGACUUUUGGAAGGUCCAUUAUCCCACUGAUUUGUCCUGGUAUGCCCAAUGGCCACUUUGAUUAUGGCUUAGAUGAAGGGGAGGGGGGAGCUGAGAUCAAAGAGUGCAUUUACUUGUUUCUUACAAAAGAGGUGGAUACAACUUACUGCUAACUUGCCCCCCCCCCACACUAGUUAAGAGUUUUGUGUUUUUGGUUGUUUUUUACACAUUGACCCUUUAAAAGAUCUAUAUUUGUUAAUGCUUUGUUUUUGUUGGCAUUAGACACUAUGAUUUUAAAGACCCCCUGCAGUCACGUUUUAAAAGUAUAACGUGGAAACCAUCCACCCUCUCUCCCUCAUUGAGGAAUUCUGACACUAUGAAUAUUCAUGAUAUGCAAAUAACACAGGCUGCACGCCCCGCCCACCACAGCAGCUCGUGCUAGGUUGACCUGUGAACUAAUGUGCGCAACAAGAUGGCUAGCGGCAACAUCGGCGAGAUUUGGCCAUAAAACCUUCACGAACUGCUAAUGCUAACGCUAACUGUAUGCUGACACACCUGCCGUCCUCUCGUGGAUGCGCUUCCUCUGCGUUUCCGGUUUCUUUGCCUACAUUUGCAUAUUCAACAGCGGUUGGUUUUCUGUAUUUGUGACGUACCAAAUCUAGCUUGCCCAGGAUUUGCUUGAAUUUAAAACUGCAGAGUGCACAGAAAUCUACUCAAGGAGAGGAAUGUGAAAACACCUCUAUAGUGACAAAAUUUGCUCAACACUAGUCCCUAUAGUCAAUGUCAGACAUUUUAGAGGACAGAAACAGAAGAAAAACACUUUUUUGAGUGGAGGGGGACGUUAAAUAUGAGUGACACGUGAAAGCAGAUUUGAAUCAGUGUGAGCAUGUGUUGUUUUUUGUGUGCAACUGUGCAUGAGUAGGUACAUACAGAUGUGGUGUCUUUGUUCUAUAUAUAUUUGUUAUUAUGGAUCCACCCUUGCAGAAUUUUACAUUUACAUAUAUUGAUAAUAUUUAAGUCUAUGAAGAUUUUCUAUGGAGACAAGUGAUGUAUGCUGCCAAACAGACUCUUGUCUGACAAAUAUUGCACUAGUAUGUAAUAUAGUCACUUUCACUUGGUGAGUUAAGUCAAAAGAAAAGUGCAAUGUGUUAAAAAGCACAAAUUUUGUACAGUGCCAAAUUAUGUGCCAGUUUUCACUGUGAUGAGAAACUCCACACCACCCAUUCUCAACAUUGUAGCAUCAUACAAACUUGAACUCAGGUUUUAGAAGAUCAUCAGCAACCCUUUCAAGUUGUUCCACACACCUUUAUAGGUUUUCAUCAGAGAGGUGUUAAGAGCCAUGAGUACGUUCAUAAAUCAGACCAAUUUUCUGUUUUUAUACAUUUUUGUAAAGUGGCUAUAGACAAGUGUUUUGCUUUGAAGUAAACAUUGAUUACACAAAAAAAUAGCACCAUUAGCAUUUAGAUUGGUUAUACAUAGGCCUUGCUUCUACUAUGCAAUUCUGUCUGCCAAUGCACAAAAUUUUCACAAAAAAAAAAAAGACUGCUCAAUUUACAGCCCAAAGGAAGUACAUCUGCUACUGCACAACCAAAACCGGAAGAGGACAGUGCUUUUGUUUUUACAAAACCUGCCUACUCAUACAUCUGGGUGUUUUUCUCUGCCUUUAUCAUAGCAAUCUAGUCAGGCUGGCCCUGGAGAAGGGUCAUGGCAUAUUUCGUGCAUAGUAUUUAUCACUGCCCCAACAGCGCAGUUUAUUUAAUUUUGUAAAAAUACCGUGGGAGGCACAGUGGUUUGCACUUUCUGCAAACUGCAAACAGCUGACUGUUAAAAGCUUACUGCUCAUGCCCGAGAUGAGCCGGGGGCUUCAAAAUAAUUGCACCAGUGGUCCUGCUUUAGUUAAUUUAAUUAUAAUAAUAUAUUUAAUUUAACUAUUAAUACAGUGCUUUAUUUAACAGACAAAGAAGACUUCUAUAUUGGCCAAUGACCCACUGACCUUUAAAGUGUUUAUCCUUUUAAGUGAUGGUGAUGAAAUAAAACUCAGAGAAGCUUACUGGCAUGUGAUGUGCAUUAUUAUUUAAACUAUGACUUGAGAUAUACUGUACAUAGUCUUUAGAAGUGAUGAUUAACCUCUUUCCCAUGGCCUAGUGUUGAAAACCAAAAUCACAGUAAAUCAUACUACUGAAUCCCAAUACUCGUAGAAUUGAAAUACUUAAAGAUAGCAGUACAUAUCAAAUCCCAAGUAUCAUGAUAGUAUUGAAACAAAGUUUCAUCAUGUAAAGUUCUUUAUUGAUCAAAGAAAUAAUGGUCUCACAAAAUAAUCCAUUUUAGGUUUUUAUGGAGCUUUCACCAGCAUGUCAUGGACUUCAUCACUUACUUAAAGUUGCUUCCAUCUGUCAGUGUGGUUAGCUCACGUAAUGACCGCUAACCCAACUCCACUGAGCCAACUUCAUCUUUAAAAUAGGAUUAAAAUCCUCAUAUAUUUGGGAUUUUAUUUGUUUCAUGUCUGAAUACAUAAUGGGACAUUUUAGUGUGGAUUAUAAAUAAUUUUUUUAGCAAAAUAUAUUAUCAUGUAAACACUUAUUUCAUUAAAGCAAACAAACAUCUAAAUUAAAAAUCUGAUUUCCAAUUUUCUUUGCAUGAUAAUAAUUUCGCUACUAUAUAAUUUGACUUUCUGAGCUCAAAAUGUACUAUUGCAGACACAGGUAUGAGACAGUUGUGGAUGGUUUGAUAAUAUUUCAUCAAGCUUAGUCCUUGUUUACAUUAUAGGUUUACUUAAUUCCAACUUUCCACAUUUAAUUGUGCUUUUCAUAGCCUUCGUUUUGAAACACCUCUCUUGUUCAUGGUAUUUAUCAUAAUAUUUAGAAUUACAUCAGUUAAAUUCAGCCUUACAUUUUAUUCUACUUUUAGGCCAUAAUUAGGCCUUUAUAUUGACACUAGUAUUACAUUUCAACAGGGAUGUCACCCUGUCAUAUAUUGUAGGUUAAACACAGAUGUUCACAUAUACUGUAUGUCAACAUAUCCUAGUUUGAUGUACUGUAGGUAUGAUCAUCAAACAACACUAACCUUCAGCCUGAUGUUGAUGACUGUGUACAAGUGAUGUGUUGUUGUGCCCCAGUAUUGCAACAGCUCCAAGUGUCUCCCCAGCCCAGGGAAGGACUGACACUGAGGAAUACUGUCCAAGCAUGAAACCAUUAUAAUGUGGCAUUUUUUAUUUCUCACGUCUAUUGUGGAUUUUCAACAAUGUGAAAUAAAACAAUUGGACACCUUGUAAGACAAA